AUUCAUGAAGCGACGUCAGUGUCCCGGAGAUGUGUCAACGUAAACUGUAAGCCCCCACCCCCCUCCCUCACUGAACAGGCGACUGGCCCUUUAAGGGUUAUGUAGCCGGGCUAGCCGAUGUAGGACGAGCCGACCGUGCGUCUGCCUGCCUGCCUGCGCUCCCGCUGCCAUCCUCAUCAUGGCCUCCACACAGCCGCCACCGACGCCACCACCGAGGAUGAACCGACCAGCCAGCGGCCCUUCCCUUCCCGCAGCGGAGACGGACGUCAAGCCGAAACAGAGGCACCGGUAGAGGCGAGCCGCGCCGGGGAGAGCCGCCUCACAUCCCAUGCCACCCCGGUCUCCUCCAUGCCUUCGUCUAAAGCCAAGUACAGCUAUUCGAUAAAGAGGGGUGCGAACCCGGGCGGCGGCGGCAGAAACAUGACAACGAACAGGGAUUAUUCUGUUAAUCUGUCGGUGCAGCAAGUGCUGAGCCUUUGGGUGCAAGGCACGACGCUGCAGCACUUCACAGAGAUGUGGUACUGGGUGUUCCUGUGGUGUCUCUUCUCCUCGCUCUUCGUCCACGGGGCGGUGGGGCUGCUCAUGUUGGUCAUGCUGCAGCGCCACAAGUGGGGCCGCCUCAUCACCCUGGUGCUGGUCAGCGUGGGUUUCCUGGCCUCGCUGUCCGGAGGCGUCAUCACCAGCGCGGCUGUGGCGGGGGUGUACCGCGUGGCAGGGAAGGACAUGGCACCGCUGGAGGCUCUGGUGUUCGGCGUCGGUCAGACCACCCUCUCCGUCAUCAUCUCCUUCUCAAGAAUCCUGGCCACACUGUGAAGAAGAACCGCUCGUCGAGAUAAAGGACAGACGCCGAGAUGAAAGAGCGGGAAGAAGAAUCGAGCCAAUCAGAGACUUUUAGAUGCUCAAAAGUGGCCGAGCUUGUGGAAGGAGAGGAGGCAGAUAUGGCUCUCUGGACCUUUUGGAUGCAGCAGAGAGAAAAAGAGAGCGCCACCCAGUGUUUCUGCUCGGUUACUGCCACAAUCACACUGCAUUUCAGAGGAAACUCAAUGCAGUACUGCUUGUCAGAGAAGGCGCCGUGCUCAGCUUCUGAACUUGAAAGCCAUGUCUUGUGUGUUUCCGGAGCUUCAUCACUUCUUCGUGCCAACAGCCUUCUCUGGACAUCCAGACGCCUUUGUGGCCACUGACUCUUGAAGGCUUUCUGUUGCACUUGUUGGGAAAAAUAAAAAAACAGCAAAGUGACGAUCUGUUAUGGUGAUCUGAUGACCUUCUUUGGUGAUCAGCGUGAGAACAACAGUGCAGCGACGAGGAGUGGCGAUCAAACAGUGUUCAUCAGCAAAAAACAACCUUGUUCUUCAGUGUUAGACAUCAGCCUCACCUCUUGUUCUCCACAGCGUUCAAGUACAGAUCAUAACGAUCAUUCCUCUCCCGUAAAUGGUUUUAAAGCUCCACUCGUGAGUGAGAUGCAGCUUUAAAUUUUGCACUUUGUAACUGAUGGAGAGGCUCUUUGCCUAAGAGGUGUGAAAUCAUGGAGGAGAAAACCAGCAUCAGCGCUACGUUUGGUUUGUCGUGAUGAAAUAUUGAUUCUUUGAGUGCCAACGAGAGCUAAAGGUAAAGGAAUAUUUAGACUCACAAGGAAAUAUGCUGACUCAUUUUCUAGUGUUAGAGUAAGCGAACAUGAUGCCACUCUUAUGUCUGCACAGUAAAUCUAAAGCUACAAGGAGAUAGUUAGCAUAGCAUAACUACUGGAAACAGGGAGAGACGGCUAGCCAAGCAUGAUGAAGAAACGACAAAGAAGUGUUAUAAAGACGUUCUUUAUGACGUUUAGUAGAAAAAACGAUAUUUGCAGCUUUCCUAGGCCGGACUACUUCUGGGUUUUUAGCAAAGCGGUUGUUCUGAAUCAAGAAAAAGUCUGUUACAAUAUCCUGAAUUAGUGUUAAACCUGUAAAGAUAUUGAGUAAGGGAAAAUGUGGUUAUGCUGAUUAGAACCUCAACAGGGUGAGCAGGACCCGAUGUAAAGCGGAUAGUUCUUGUUCCACUUUUCCCAUCAGAGAUAGUCCGGGCUCCUAAGGCUGCUCUCACAUCUGUGCCUGAUGUCUGUCACUCUCAAAACCAGCCUCAGAUGGAAGCUAAAGUUUUUGCCACAGUGUGAACAGGCUGAGGUGAAAUAAGCGGGACUCCUUUCUGUGGGUUGAUUUGAUAUGACGUGUGUGAUCAGGUUGUCCCCAGCUUAGCUUUUGCUAUUGAGAAUUAAUUACCAUUGUUACAGGGUUUUGACCAAUCAGAAUGAAGUAUUUAACUCAGCUGGGUGACAACAAAGAUGAGUCACACUUCACGUGAUUCUUUGACCAAAUACAUGACUGAGCACACAACUGUCUACUGACGCCUUGUAGACGGCAUGAGGUCAGCUGUUCAAACAGUUCUUCUCCCACUGAAUGAAAAGUUUGCUUUUAAAAAUGCUCCAAUGGAAGGUUCUGCAAAAUUUUGCAGUACAGACUCGUCUUACAUUGUAAUUGCUUGACAGUCCUAGUUUUUGCGGAUCAGAAGCGUCUGUAUGCAGAUUUUGUUACUCAUUUGCAGAACCUAGCUACCUGUCUAUCCCUGAUUCCAGUCUUGGUGCUAAGCUAAGCUUACCACUAACUUUUGAGAUUUUCUUACUUCGGCAUUUGUCUUGAAUCACUGUGAGAGUGACGAAGGAUGGGAAAUAAGAGGAUGAGAGAGUGAGGAUGCCGUGCACCGAAGGGCCUUUGCAGUAAAAAAAAAAAAAAAGUAAGCCCACUGAGUGAGCUUCAUGUUUAUGGAUCAGAUAUAAAAGUGGUAUCAGUCAAUUUCCCAAAAAUGGUGAACUAUUCCUUUAAAAGAAGAAAGAGAAAGGCCUGGACGAGCAGACUGUUUCAGUUUGUAUUGAGCCAGUUCGGUCCAGGUCUGGUGUGCAUGAGAUCAGGAUCAGGGUCUUGUAUUUCAGGGUUGAAGAUAUAACGGUAUGAUAAAUGUGUUUUGCUGCUUGAGAGUCAGCUGUGACGUUUCUUCAGACAAACGAUCCCGUGUCUGUGAGUCCUGGUGCAGAUUGUUAGUUAUAACGAUGGAACCCAGCCUUCCUUCGCUUACUAACAUUACCUGCACUGAUACAACAUAAAUCCCCCCGUUGAAAGCCACCUAGAUGGACUAAUUUUGCUGCUCGGACGGCCAUUCUUCUAUGGCUCCCUCUUUUCUUUUUUGGAUUUAUUUAUUAACCCAUGUUCCUUAAGUUAAACUUUGCAUAUUGCACUGAGAUUAAUCUGCCUUGUUUUAGCACCGUGUGCGAUCAAACUUCUCUGGUGUGACCCAGCCCAGCGUUAAAAAACAUGUAAUAGCAGACACUGUAAAGAGUAAAGUGCUCAGAAUGUGCUCGGAGCUACUGCAUUAUCUGAAAACGAUGAAGAAGAGUAAGACACACUGGUGUUUAUUUAAGUUUAAUGCUCAUUACUCGGCUCAUAAGUUGGAAGCACUCUCUUGUGCUCAGCUCUAAUGCAGGGUGAGAAGAGUUAGGUUGUAAUGCCAAAGUAAUGCUCACUUUCUAGCUUUAUUUAUCAUCUUUGUCUCAUUUUAUUGAUAUCACAGCCAUGAUUUCUUCCUUUUAUUCCUUUUUUAGAGACAUUUGCACAUUGGCUUUGGUAUCAAACUCCCCCUAAACUUCCUAAAAACCACAGCUGAUGAGAAUUGGAUGAAAAUGAAAAUGAAAUUUGAGAUAUUAAGCAUGUGUGCUGUGUGGUUUUGUAGCUCUAAAGAUAACCGCUGUGUAUUUAUGAGAGUUAUGUAAUUGACACAACUCACCUUCAGUCCCAGCUCAGCACACAAGAGGGCGAUAUUGCACAGGAGUUAAGAGAUGGACUGACUGCUUGGAAGAUGAUUGUGGAUUUUAACACGGUGAAACAGAGUGUGUACAGAGUGUUUUGAUACAUUUAACCAAUAAUGUUUUCUAGACUAAAUUUAGCCCCUAGAUCAAAGAGUGUCGUUAGAUAAAAAACCUUUUUAAUCCACUGAUCGCUCUGCUCGGUGUCCAUUCUACCUGUUUGAAUGUUUAAGCUCAAUUUCAGGGACCAAAUGUGAGCUGCUGCUGAUGACUCACCUGCUGUCAUAGCAAUGAAAUCUCUGAAGCUGCUCGUGGGGCAGUUUCUGCAUGUUCUUACAUGUGUGUGAGCGUGUGUGCGCGCUUCAUAGGACACGUGUGGUGUGAUUGUUGGUGCUGUAUCCAUGUGUGUACUAUAAUAGGAUAUUAAUUUAUUACUUUCUUUGGAGGGGUUGUUCACGUUCUCUUUUUUGGACCCCUGAAGCGUCAGAAAGCUUGAGGAUGAAAUUGAAAGCGGUCCACUGAGCGAUGUCUUACAUAACGUGAUGGAAACCUUUUAAUUUGAGGUGUUAGAAAUGACUUUUCUGCCAAUGAAGCUGCAAGAACUGGACUGAAGAUGUUAGAUUAGUGCACUUACUGUACAUCCAGAGCUGUAUAUAGCCAUAGUGUACAAAAACCUCCACCGGAAGAAGAGCGUGCAACAUGAUAAACGUGAUUCAAACAGCUGAUACGAACAAACAAACCACCGCAGAGUGUUUUUGUUUUCACACAGUCGGAGUAUUCACACCCAGUGCCAUGAUCACUCAUAGUGAAUAUUGUUUUUUCCGCUCCAGGCUCUGUGAUUCAGCCGCCGUCUAAGUGGCUGAUGACAGUGUGUGUGUGUGAGUGUGUGUGUGUGUAUGUGUGUACUGCAAUAUUUAAGGAGACACCCAGCAACUAAUAAUCCCCUGUAGACUCUAAGACAAAAACACACACCAUCACACUGCAGCUCAAUAAUCCUUCUCUUUCAUAGGCUCAUAUCUAAAGCCGCCCCCUCAGUCCACCGUCGUCCAAAAUGCCACAUCUUCCCCCCGGACACAUACUGUGUACCUGCUGCGACUGCGUGAGCGGUGCGGCUCAGAAAACGUGUGAAUGGACGAUACGGACAAUCCAACAAGAGACAAUGUUGUACAAAAACCCAAAGUGGCACUUGUAGAUAAUGUACAUUAAGUUCUUUUUUAAUUUUGUACCAGCUGAACCGCUGAUAUUUAUAACUAUUGCCUAUUUAUGUACAAAUUGUUCUCCUGUACAUACUCAACAGUUGGUUGAAAUAAAAAUCUUUUGCAGUA